AUGUGGCUAUGGUUUCUGUUGGGCCUCGGCUCGGUCCUCACGGCGGAGGGCGCCGGCGCGGGCGCCGCUCGACUCGUCUGCUAUGUAGAAAACGCGCGAAUCACCGACUUACGGGAAUGCACCCACCUGGUCUAUACGGGAAAAAUUAGGGACGAGAAACUGGACGGAGUACUCGAAGGCUAUAGAAGUCAGAACCCCAAGUUGAAGAUAAUCGUGCGAGUUACGACCGAGGACAAGGAUUAUAAGACAGUCUUGAAGUCAAAAUACAUCCAAGGUCUCGAGGUAUACAACGCUCACGAGACCUUCGACCGCAGCAAAGUCUCGGAGCUGGUGAAGGCGGCACGCAGCGCUAUAUCCUCCGCUAGCAAAGGUCCUCUUCUAUUGGCUUUACCUGCACACCCCGAGCUCCUCGCAAAGUAUUAUGAUUUGAGGGAAUUGGUUAAAGUGGCAGAUCUGAUGAUGGUCCAAACCCACGCUUUGGGUGUCGUGAAGAAAAUGACGUAUCACCCGAGCCGUUUGAGUGGCUUAUGGGACAUGAUGAAUACGGAUUCAGUCGUAGACUUAAUUAUUGGUUUAGGCGUCCCAGCCUCCAAAAUAGUGGUAAGUCUACCCGCGACGGUGCGCCGGUUCUCUCUACAGAACGAAACCCUCAGUACCCCGGGCAGUCCAACACGGGAUGAGGAACCUCGAGAGAUGGAUCAGUCCGAGUUGUGCCGGACCUUGCAAAAGGGGCGCUGGACGCUCGAGCGAGACCAGGAUUUGUCAGCGCCUUACGCUUUUCAGAACCUGACCUGGAUUUCAUUCGAAGAUGCGUCCUCGGUGGACGUAAAGGGAAAAUAUGCACGCGUUCGAGGCUUGGCUGGAUUAGCUCUGGUGGACGCCGAUCGGGAUGAGGAUACACUAUGUGGCUUUUCACUCAGGAGAAUCCUACACAAAGUGCUCAACCAACAAAGUAGAGCGCCCAGAGCUGCCGUGCUUCGGUCCCUGGAAAACGAGAUACUUUCAGCCGGCUCAGCCGAGGGGCGGGUUUUGGACGCACUUCAGGUCUCGCCUUACCGCAUCACACAAGUUGUCGACUCAGACGGUGUUAUUCACAGCAUUCGAGAGGACACCAGGACGGAAUUCUCGUGUUCACGCCAGGGUUACUUCGUCCAUCCACGGUCUUGUGCGCGCUUUUACCGUUGCGUGAAGUUUGAUCAAUAUUCACCUGAUUUCACUGUGUUCGAGUUCGAUUGUCCCGUGGGAUUGGCUUUCGACGCUCGCUAUGAAGUGUGCGUCUGGCCCGGGUCUCUGCCGGACACCGGCACCUGUCCCGGAACGGCCGAGAUCGCCCCGGUCCCUGCCACUAGAUUUAUAUGUCCUACAGAAGAAGGUUUUUAUGUAGAUCCAGAAAACUGCCGCUGGUUCUUUGCCUGCCUAGACCACGGCAAGUCACCGCUGACCGCGUACGAGUUUCGAUGUCCUUUCGGUCUCGGAUUCGAUGCCGCGCGUCUGCGAUGCGAUUGGCCAUGGCUCGUGCCCGCUUGCGGAAAUAUUGGAAGAUACGAGGCGGAAGCGUUUGGCCUUUCUACUGCUGCACUAACAGGAGCCACGGGGUUUCAGGGUAGGACGGCAAACGCAGUAAAUAUUGCGGCGCACCAAAAUCUAGUUUCCGGUGCCGCAGUCGGGAAUUUAGUUGGCGUUCGAAAUGGCUUUUUAGACAAGCACGACGCUCUCGAUGCUAACUUUAUAGCGACUCAGGAAGUAGACGAUUUUAGGAACUACCAACUCGAUUAUUCCAACCUCGGCAGCCAAGGGGAAUCGAGCGGCGUGUCUUAUAAGGUUGUAGCGGCCGAUGCCAUUAACAAGGGUCUAGUUCAAGCGACUAAUUAUGAUGAUGAUAAAGAAUACACGAGUGGAUCUAUCAUACUCGACGAUUACAGACUCCCAACGGGGAAAAAGUUAUCAGGGAAUUACAAUCAAGCUUCUCGUGAGGCGGCUGCUACUAUUUCGGCUAACCUUCAAUAUGACUCUGGGAAAUAUAAGGGUAACGACGCUUCCUCCGCAGCGUCUUACUCGUUUCGUCAAGUUCCCUCUAAUUUAAGAAGUGGUGCGUAUCGGAAAGACUAUCGUGGGGCGUACGUUCACAAUCCGAUAGGUGAUCGCGCAAAACCUUACCAACAUAUCGAAGUACCGCCUGUGCCUUAUGAACACCUCGACAUUAACAGUAAAGACUACUUUAAUUUUGACAAGGGAACGUACGUCGGAUCUCACGAACAGGACUCUACGAAAAGUAACGGAUACGAUUAUCCAAAGCCUGGUGUCCAAUUUCAUGAGGGCUUCGAGUCUCACCCCUAUACUGUGAAUAACGAGUUUUUGUCCCAAACUCAAUCAUCGGGCACCUAUCGCGGCUCUUAUGGAACUGGUGGUAUCGCAACAUACGUCACCGAUGAUAAAGUUUAUCCUGGUGCACCUCACACCUUAACAGCCGGUGCUGUCAAUGUCGGUUUUGUUGGAAAAACUACAUUAGUUGAUGAUGCGAAUCGGUUUACUUUUGAGCACCACGUACCAAAACCGGUUGUGACAGUUACACACGUUGGAACCGAUAGUGGGAACCUCGAUGGAUACGGCUAUCUUACCACUCCAGCUUCUGCAAUAGAAGUUACAACUUCUUCACCGAUCACCUUAAGAACUACAUACGAACCUCAAACUCCGAAGACUAGUGUGAAACAAAUAUUUACUCAGACUCAACCUGCGAUUACAUACGUUGAACCGAAGAUCGUCGCAGUGACGCCUAAUGUAGAAGUUGCAGGCUUCAAUACUAUCCAUAACUACGAAAACACAUACUCUAAUGCUAGGACAGAAGCUGGUGAAGUGGAAUCUAAAGGUUACAGUUAUGCUAGGCCGAGCGUUAGUUUCGAAGACGGCUUUACGUAUUCCACUACGCCGGCUGCAGUUGUAGUGACCAAACUGAGACCAAAAAGUUUCUCACACAACCGACUGACUCUUCAUUCACAUACUGGAAUUUCGGAAUCGUCCACACCUGUGCCCGUCACUGAGGAACCCUUUAAGCGAAUAGUCGCGUAUACGACAGGAGACGGUUAUGUUCUGCCAACGAGCCAAUCGCACAGCCAACAGAGUAUACGUAAAACUUACGAGAGACCAACUCCGCCAGCCGUAACUUUCGUACCGGUAGUGGAAACUAUCCAACACACCAGUAAAACUCCUAAAGUCAGUCAUAUAAGCAAUAACCUCUAUAAGCAAUUUAGCACUCCAGUCCGAGUUGAGGCACAUAUACAGCACCUUACUCCUGAGUUUGAUUAUAGCGCAGGAACAUCUUUUGUCGCUUCAUCGACCGAGCGUGUUACGGAGACUACGGCGAGGACUAUUUAUGAAAAUCCUCUUUUAAAGUAUACCGUAAAAGCUACCCCAGAAACCGACCAACACUUGUAUACACUCCAAGCCUCCCCUGUAUCUUCUUAUCACACACACUUCAAUAGCGAAAAAAUAUUGCACGAUAACCAACGUUUUGGUUAUGAUUAUUCACGGCCUUCUGUAAAAUUCGAUGAAACUGGAAUUAAGGUCCCAUUUUCAGAAUCAACGGAACAGCCGCUGUCGUACAGUCAUGAGAGUAUACUUAGAAGCUCUGGUAAUACAAACUCUGGUUUUUAUGAAAAUCCACCUACAGUGUCAGUUCAAUCACCUAUUAUAGCCUUUGAAACUAGCGACAUCUAUUUACAACCAUUGAUUAAGACAGCGACGUCCGCGGCUGAACCAAUUCGUGUUUCUACAGAGCGACCAAAACUAUACAAUCAGAACACGAUUACACAAAGUACCGAGGGAACUAGUGUUAUUUUACCACAUGAAACUCAGGUGCACAAAGAAAACUCACAAGCAUAUGAGACGGGAUACGAAUAUUCACAGCCUGGAGUAACCUUUAGGGAAUCAGAAAGGGACUCAAUAAAAGCUCCAGUUUUGGUUUCCGUCGCAGGACCCCAAUCGCAUAGUCAACAAACAUUCCAUACAGUUGAAAAACAAACAAUUUCAUCUCCAAUACCUAGCGCCGAAUUAACGUAUCUUAAACCGGCCGUCACAGUUUUCGAAGAGCCAAGAUUGAAUUACAGCCAACCAUCGACUGUCAUCGACGUUAGGCCCGACGAAUACGCACAAAUAAGCCAAUCCACACAAUAUGUCACGGGCGAUUAUGGCGAUCAAAAAACACAAAAUAACCUCGACUACUCUUAUGAUCAGCCCGAAAUACAAAGAAACGUACACAUAUCUAGCAUCCCAACUUAUUCGGCUGCAAAUGUUGUAUCUCACCAAUAUUUCUCGCAAACGCAAAGGGACACCCGGCCGGAAAAGGUCUUCGUGUCGACUACUCCAUCUUCUUUAAUUUACGAAGAUCACUAUUCGGAAUACGAAGCGCCUAAACAGGGCCAGUCUUUCAAUUCAAAACACAUUGCAUCAAUCCCACGUGAGUAUUAUAGUGUUUCUACUACUCCAACGCCUCUGCAAGAACAGAAAUACAAUGCUGAAUAUGGGCGGGAAUCGUUAGCGAAACUACAACAUCCCGAAGCCCCUGAAAUACAGGUAUCUUAUAAUGCAGAGGAGUACAUACCACCGAAAGAAUUCGUCGCUAUCCCUGCGGUCUCCUCUACUCCAAGAUCCUAUACGAAUAAUCCGACACGUGACUACUUGCCACCUGAUUUGCAGUCCCAAUACCAUACUCCUGAAUAUGAAUCCUCCACAAAGAGUGAUUUCUUUGUAACCCGCACCGAAAAACAAGAUUCUUUAGAAUAUCUGCCACCAGCCCAAAAAUCUUUAUCCCAUGUAAUUAGUUUUGACAGCUUUGGCUACGAUGCUGGAAAAGAAGCUAGUUCUGCAAACAGAAAGCUAGUGAAACAACAACAAGAGUAUUUAGACGUUACUACCGAAGAAUACGUCUUAUCAUCGACCGCACCGCUUCAAAGGAAACCGAAUAUUGUUGUUGAAAAGGCUAAAUCCAAUAUAUUAGGUUUUGGCACCGUCGGUCCAGAUGCUGGUUUAGUUUCUACCUACACUACUUCACAAGCCCCAACAACUGUAGAAUUUCUAUUAUCUACUACAUCAAAAGCAGUCGAAAUUACUCAACCGACGCGAAGAACCCGACCAAAAUAUUCUAGGCCAACUGAGAAAAUUGUCAGUGCAACGCGUGCGUACGAGAGUACGACAUAUCAGGCUCCUGAAUAUUUACCGCCAUCUGGUACGAUUCCAAGUGAAUUGAACAAAUUUGAUUCUUUAUUAUUGGCCAAGAAUAAUCCUUACGAAAGUCGCUUGCCCGAUGGAUACAAAGAAAGUUCUACAUCUACGCCGUCAUAUAAAAGAAAGCAGAAUAUUGUCGUAGAGAUAGCAAAAUCUAAUUCAUUUAUGCUCGACACAGACGUAGUAACUCCUUCUAUUGACGCGGUGACGGUUACUCCUAUCACAUCGACGUCAGCAUCUCAUACACGAGACUUCGACGAGAUAACGUCUGCCCGACUGCCGAUAAGGCGGACGAGACCAAAAAUAGCAGUCGUUACGAAAGUUAAUGAUUUUAAUCCUCUACUAGUGCGAAAAUUAGGCGCAGUAUGCAGUUGUCAAUCUCCAGUUUUAGUACUCAAAGGUAGAAGACCUACGGCACAAACACAGACUGUGGCAGACGAUAGUGGCGAAGAGGAUGUGCCUCGAGGAGAUGUUGAAGAAACUUUCCGCACGGUAACAACUACACCCACUGUUACUCCGACGCUCAAUCCAAUCAUAGUUCCCGAUGAUUCAUUUUAUCAAGAGUAUCAAGAAGCCCCUAACGAUGAUAUUAUUGUCACACCUGGUAGAGGCCGCGCCGAGAACUAUGUCUCGAGCACACCAAUAGUUUCGACAACUAAAAAGCUUGUAAAAGUUAGACCCGGACUCAAAUCUGUAACGGCACCGCCAACGCAUGAAGCGAUACUAUUGAACCGACAUGUUUCGCCAGAGAUCUCUGAAAUCGUAGAAACGGCGAAGAUAGAUACCCAAUCGUUCGAUCGGUACGGUCCGGGGGGGUGGAGAAGCAGAGACGAAACGUUGCAGGGUUCCAUAGAUUGUCAGCGAGUGGGUCUUUUCAGACACCCAAAGCAAUGUAACAAAUUCUACGCGUGCAGGUGGGACUGCACCAAGCAAAGAUUCACUCUGCACGUGUUCAACUGUCCCGUUCAACUAAGUUUCGACCCCAACAUUGGCGCUUGUAAUUGGCCGAGUCAGGGUCCUGCGUGCCAAGGCGACACUCUCCUCGCGAACUCUCUGUAG